CCGGACCGAGUGCGUUGUGACGGCCGAGAUACGCGCGCACGGCAGACGGAUAGAGGGGAAAAAAAUUGUAUAAGAAAAAAAAAAAAAUAAUAGGUUAUAAUAGAAUAAUAAAAAAUUAUGAGCUAGUAAUAAGAAAUAUAUUUUCGAAAAAUAUAAAACGCGAUUAUUAUUUUUUUUUCGCGCGGUUAUUGCGUCCGGCUAAUGUACAAACGUCGUCAUGUUCACGUCUAGAUAAAACGCGUCCGCGCCAGUGCGGUGUGUGGUGUGCGCGCACUCCGGAUAAAAGUCAUAUACGGACGGCGUGUCGUUCGAUAUAUUAAUAAUAAUAAUAGAUUUUUUGGUUGACUAAAAAAUUAAAAAAAAAAUUAAUUUAAUUACUGCCGCCGCGGAUAAAAAAAACCGGUGUGGCCCACCUCGAACCGCGUACACGCCGGAGUCCGGCCGCCGUCGUUGCCGCCGUCCGCCCGAGGCGGGUGCGACCGGUCGCCGCAGCGGUACCUAUAACCGCCUUUGGCGCCCGUGCGGGUCUCUGGUAGCAGGCCAAUGGCAAAGAUAGCCCGAUAAGAUGAUCGACGGGCCCGAUGACCCCGAAGGACACCUAGCAAAGGUUGGCGGCGGAGAAGGAAGUCGCGGCGGCCGCGGGACGUGACUGCACCGGGUCGGCGGGUACUACCGCCGGCAUGGGGAGACCACGAUCCCACCAUCAUCACCACCAUCACCACCAUCAGCAGGCGGACGCGCCCCCAGGACCGUCGUCCUUGUUCCUGUUCAGCACUGACAACCCUGUUCGUCGGUAUACCAGAUUCAUCAUCGAAUGGCCUCCGUUCGAGUAUGCAGUGCUGUUAACCAUCAUAGCCAACUGCGUGGUGUUGGCUCUGGAGGAACAUCUGCCCAGGGGAGACAAGACUGUACUCGCUAAGACUUUGGAGGCAACUGAACUCAUUUUCCUAGCGAUUUUUUGCGUCGAAGCGACUCUCAAAAUAUUAGCAUUAGGUUUUUUACUGCACAGCGGCUCAUAUCUUCGUAAUAUAUGGAACAUUAUGGACUUUUUUGUAGUUGUAACAGGAUGUAUAACACAAAUACCGUCAGCGGCAAACAUGGAUCUGCGAACGCUGAGAGCGAUCCGGGUAUUGAGGCCGCUCAAACUGGUCUCCGGCAUUCCAAGUUUGCAGGUCGUGCUGAAGUCCAUCAUCAAGGCCAUGGCACCGCUGCUCCAGAUCGGCUUGUUGGUGUUGUUCGCCAUCAUCAUAUUCGCCAUCAUCGGACUGGAGUUUUACUCCGGAGCGUUGCACAAAACUUGCUACAGGCUGGACGAUCUGAUUGCGAUCGAGCCCGAGGGCGAGGGAUCUAACCCGACGCCUUGCAAUUCAGACUCGGACUCGAUCGAAAGCACGAAGCCGUUCAACGCAUUCUUCUGUCCAAGUGAAUCGUCUACGUGCAUUGAAAACUGGGAAGGUCCUAACUAUGGGAUCACGUCGUUCGAUAACAUCGGACUGGCUAUGCUUACCGUGUUCCAAUGCAUUACCAUGGAAGGGUGGACGACCAUUUUAUAUUGGAUGAACGACGCGUACGGCGUGCUGUUCAAUUGGAUAUAUUUUGUACCACUAAUUAUUCUAGGUUCAUUUUUUAUGCUCAAUUUAGUUCUCGGUGUACUUAGCGGAGAAUUCGCUAAAGAAAGAGAAAAAGUCGAAAACCGGCAAACGUUCCUGAAGCUUCGGCGGCAACAACAGCUAGAACGCGAGCUCAACGGAUAUGUUGAGUGGAUAUGCAAGGCCGAGGAAGUGAUUCUGGCCGAAGAGCGGACCACCGACGAAGAGAGAAGACACAUAAUAGAAGCGAGGAGAAGAGCUGACAUAAAGAGAAAAAAACUGAAAACCUUGGGCAAGAGUAAAAGUACCGAGUCCGAGGAGGAAUGCGAGGAAGAAGAAGCCGACGAAGUGUUUGGUAAAGGCAAAAAAGGCUUUCCUCGAACGCCCACGUUCAAAGACCGAAUGAGGAAAAAAGGCGUUUGCGCUUCCAUGUGGAGAGCCGAAAAACGAUUUAGGUUUUGGGUCAGACACAUGGUCAAAGCACAAUGGUUCUAUUGGUUCGUCAUCGUUUUGGUUUUUUUCAACACGGUGUUCGUGGCCAUUGAACAUUACAGACAGCCGGAUUACCUGACGAACUUCGUCUUUUACUCGGAGUACGUGUUUCUCAUGCUUUUUAUGAUGGAAAUGCUUAUCAAGAUGUACGCGUUGGGUAUACGGAUAUACUUUGAAUCGGCUUUCAACCGGUUCGACUGCGUGGUCAUCAUGGGUUCCAUAUUCGAAGUCAUAUGGUCAGCCGUCAAAGGCGGUUCCUUCGGUCUGUCCGUACUGAGAGCUUUGCGACUGUUGCGGAUAUUCAAAGUGACCAAGUAUUGGUCAUCGUUGAGAAACUUAGUGAUAUCGUUACUCAACUCAAUGAGAUCAAUCAUAUCGUUGCUAUUCCUGCUGUUCUUAUUCAUACUGAUAUUUGCGCUGCUCGGCAUGCAGCUCUUCGGUGGACAGUUCAAUUUCGAGGAGGGCACGCCCGCCACCAACUUCAACACAUUCCCAAUAGCUUUGUUAACGGUGUUUCAGAUCUUAACGGGCGAAGAUUGGAACGAAGUGAUGUAUCAAGGCAUCCGGAGCCAAGCACAAUUCCAAGGCGGAGGCAUGAUAUACGCUUUAUAUUUUAUAAUUUUAGUACUUUUCGGUAACUACACUCUGCUGAAUGUGUUCUUGGCCAUCGCCGUCGACAACUUGGCUAACGCUCAAGAACUGACAGCCGCCGAAGAAGAGCAAGAAGAAGAGGACAAAGAGAAACAACAACAAGAACUCGAAAAAGAAAUGGAAGCGCUGCAAAUGAGCACGGAUCCAUCCAGGAUGGAAAUGAUACCGACGUCGCCGUCGCAAACAUCCAGUGUUUCGCUUAUCAGACAUCAUCGAAAACACCACAACGAUGAGCCCGACAGCAGGGGAGGCGAAGAAGAAGAAGAAGAAGAAGAAGGUCCGAAACCAAUGUUGCCGUAUUCGUCCAUGUUCUUACUGACGCCCACCAAUGGCAUCAGAAGAGCGGCUCAUUGGAUUGUUAAUCUGAGGUAUUUUGAUUUUUUCAUCAUGCUCAUCAUCAUAUUGAGCAGCGUCGCCUUAGCUGCCGAAGAUCCUAUACACGACAAAUCCGAAUGGAACGAUUAUUUGGACAUUGUCGACAACGUGUUCACCGUGAUUUUCGCUAUAGAAAUGAUAUUGAAGAUCAUCGAUCUGGGACUCAUCCUUCACCCGGGUUCGUAUUUAAGAGAAUUUUGGAACAUCAUGGACGCCGUGGUCGUCAUAUGCGCCCUAGCUUCGUUCAUAUUCGAAAAAAGCGAUGGACAAGUGGGUACCAACCUGUCGACGAUCAAGUCGCUCAGGGUGUUGAGGGUGCUCCGUCCGUUGAAGACAAUCAAGCGAGUGCCUAAACUCAAGGCGGUGUUCGAUUGUGUUGUGAACUCGUUGAAAAACGUCAUAAACAUCUUGAUCGUUUACAUGUUGUUCCAUUUCAUUUUCGCUGUUAUUGCCGUGCAGCUGUUCAACGGCAAGUUCUUCUUCUGUAACGACAGCAGCAAGUCGAUCAACGACACUUGCCAGGGUUGGUACUUUAAGUACGAGCCGGGUGACACCGAGGACGUAAACUCGCAAAAGUUCAUGCCGAAAUUGGAGAAGCGAAAAUGGGACAAACAAGACUUUUACUACGACAACGUGGCAGUGGCAAUGCUCACGUUAUUUGCCGUACAAACGGGCGAAGGAUGGCCAAAGGUGUUGAAAAAUUCCAUGGCUGCCACGGAGGAGGACCAGGGUCCCAUACCGAAUUAUCAUAUAGAAAGGUCGUUGUUCUACAUAAUUUACUUUAUCGUGUUUCCGUUCUUCUUCGUCAACAUAUUCGUGGCGUUGAUCAUUAUCACGUUCCAAGAACAAGGCGAGGCCGAACUCCAAGACGGCGAAAUCGACAAGAACCAGAAAUCUUGUAUCGAUUUCACUAUACAAGCCAGACCGUUGGAGAGGUACAUGCCCAAAGACAGGAACAGCAUGAAGUACAAAAUAUGGCGCCUGGUGGUUUCAACGCCGUUCGAAUAUUUUAUAAUGAUACUAAUUGUUCUAAAUACUCUAUUACUCAUGAUGAAGUUUUAUCAACAAAAAAAAACCUACAAGACUGCACUACAUUACAUGAACAUGGCGUUUACUGGCAUGUUCACCGUUGAGUGCGUGCUCAAAAUUUUGGCGUUCGGAGUCAGGAAUUUUUUUAAAGACCCGUGGAAUAUUUUCGACUUUAUCACCGUCAUCGGAAGUAUCGUGGACGCGCUUGUCAUCGAAUUUGGGGAACGUCUCGUAAGUGUGUACCGAACUGUGUUCGAGAAAGAGUUAGUCAAAGAACCAAAACUGCUGUUCGGGGAAGUUGUGGAGGAAAACUUCAUAAACGUCGGCUUUCUCCGUCUGUUUCGAGCAGCCAGGUUGAUAAAAUUGCUCCGGCAAGGGUACACGAUACGUAUACUGCUCUGGACGUUCGUACAAUCGUUUAAGGCGUUACCGUACGUUUGUCUACUGAUCGGCAUGCUGUUUUUUAUAUACGCCAUUAUCGGGAUGCAGAUAUUUGGUAACAUCGCUCUGAAACCCGACACGGACAUCAACAGGCACAACAACUUCCAGACGUUCGUCCAAGGCCUGAUGUUGUUAUUUCGAUGCGCGACGGGCGAGUCUUGGCCGGCUAUUAUGUUGUCGUGUAAUAAAGGCAAGCCGUGCGACCCAGGAGCUCACAAAAUUGAAAACGAAUGCGGUUCUAACAUGGCUUACGUUUACUUCGUGUCUUUCAUAUUCUUCUGUUCGUUUCUGAUGUUAAACUUGUUCGUUGCCGUCAUCAUGGACAACUUCGACUACCUGACCAGGGAUUCGUCGAUUUUGGGCGCUCAUCAUUUAGACGAGUUUGUCCGUAUCUGGGCAGAAUACGAUCCAAACGCCACGGGUAAGAUACAUUACACCGAGAUGUACGACAUGCUCAAAAACAUCGACCCACCGUUGGGCUUCGGUAACAAAUGCCCUAACCGUUUGGCUUACAAGAAGCUCAUCCGGAUGAACAUGCCUGUAGACCAGGACGGCAAGGUGCAAUUCACCACCACGUUGUUUGCUCUUAUACGAGAAAACCUCAACAUCAAAAUGCGAUGUGCCGAGGAGAUGGACCAGGCGGACGAAGAGUUGCGAGAAACCAUCCGGCAUAUAUGGCCGCUUCAAGCUAAAAAAAUCUUGGAUUUGCUCAUUCCCAAAACAGACUGUUUGAACGCCGGUAAACUAACGGUAGGCAAGAUCUACGCGGGUUUGUUGAUCCUGGAGAGCUGGAAGUCGACGAGGUUCGGGCAAAUCGAGUCGGCCAAUCCUCAGGGCAUUGCAGAACAUAGUUCCCCAGAGCCGCAUUCGUCGUUCUUCACGUGCCUGAUGGAGGCCGCCGGUGCGUCGAACUGGAACCCAGAACGUGGACAAGACGAAGACGAAAACAGCUGUCUGCUGACCAGAAACAACUCCAGGAACAGGUCUAAAAAGGUGAUGGAGCUGACGGACGUGGUCAUAUCUUCAAGACGGCCAUCCGAAGAUUCUAUUUCAGACGGUCAACAGCCACAGCACCAGAGCAUGCAUUUGCAUCCCGGAUAUAGACAGCCGAGAUCUCGAUCACCGAGCAUAAGAAGGGAAAGAAAUACUCCGUCGCCAGUAAGAAGGUAUCAUCAUCCUAAUCAUCCUCAUCAUUAUCACCACAGUCAUCAUCCACACGAGAUUGGUUUUAGUGACACUGUAUCCAAUGUCGUCGAGAUCGUCAAACAAGAACACCGUCGUCAACCGAGAGGUUCGUGGUCAGCAUCGACUAGUCCGGUGCGGUCGCCUAGUCCAGACCGAUCGGAGAGCGGCAGGACAUACUACGGAACGACCAGUCUGGACCAGCGGUCGCGUUCGCCGUCGCCAGUGUCGACGACGGGAAGCGGCCGGCAUCCACCACAGCAGCAGUCGCAGCAGGCGCCGCCGCCGCAGCAGGCGUCCAUCAGACAGCAACAGCAGUCGACGUCGUCGCAACCGUCGAUGAUGAUGAUGAUGCCGCCGCCGACGAUGUUAGUCAACAGCAGUUACCCGGUGCUGGCCGUGGCGGGCUGCAGUAGACGCCGUUUGCCGGCCACGCCGAACAAGCCGUCGUCGCUGCAACUACGGCCGCCGCACUCGUCGACGACGUCCAUCAACUUCCCCAAGCUGAACGCGUCGCCCACGCGCGGCUCGCCGGCGUCGUUGCCCAAACCGUCGUCGGCGAACCGGCAGAACAGCAUAGCCAUGACCGCCAUGCCGCCGUUGAGUUUCGAACAGGCCAUGUCGAUCGGCCGCAGCGGCCGGCUGUUACCGUCGCCGGUGCACAACGGCUACACCAAGACUAGGCGGGCCGCAGCGGCUGCCGCGGCCGUGGCCAACAAGAGCCACGCCGCCGGCGGCCGGCACAGCGAUUCGGACGACGACGACUGGUGCUAACCCUUGCUGUCCGGUAGCAGCAGACGACCAGGCCCGUCGUCGUCGCCGCCUUCAACGUCGUCGUUGCAGGCCGCCAGUUCACAGGCACCAGUCGCUUCCGCCGCCACCGGUACACAGUAAUCAUAACCUUAUUGAAAACGUUUAUUACCAUGUAAAUGCAUUGAUGUCGUCACCGUCUUUGUUAUAUUAUUUACAUUUUAUUAUUAUUAUUAUUAUCAUCGAUUGACUAAUUCAAUUAUUCUUCUUAUUUAAAUCGUUCCAUUGAAACAUAGAUAAAUUAUCAUAAACAACAAUAAUACUAAAUUAUUUUCUUAUAAUUUAAACCCGUUUUUUUAUAUAAAAACUUACAGUAAGCGCCCACCCGGUUUUGCCAAUCGUUGUUAAGCCUCAACGUGAAGUAGGUUUAUUGUAACAUGGUCUAAGGUCCUUAACAAAUAAUUGGUAAAACAGGGUAAAUGUAAUUGGUAAAACGAUAAUUUCCAGCGUAAUUUUGUUUUGCUUGUCAUACGAUAGGACCACCCUAUAACUACUAAUCAGUAGCUUUAUUCAAUCGACACAAUUUUAGUUCAGAUAAAUUUGUACUUAUUUAUUCCAAAAAAAAACAUCUACUACUAUCGUUGACGGCUGACAAUUACAGUAAACCCAUAUUUUGUUUUCAUUCGAUUACAACAUAGAGGUUAUUAAAAAAAGUUCAAAAACCGGUAAUUAUUUUUUAUAAAAUAUUCAACAUUGCUGAAAAAUAUAUUAAUCGUAUAAACAGUCAAAAAUAGUUUUCAAUGUUCGAACAAAAGUAUUAUUUUAUGAAACUAAUUGUUAGACGGUAAGCUAUUGCGAUUCACAUAGCUGCUACCAAAUUAUUUUAUUAAUAACAAAUUACUUAACACUGCAAACUAAUUUACUUACCAUAUUUUUAGAUUGGACAUUAAAAAUUAUUUUCAUUUAACCAUUACGGUUACUGGGUGAUUCUUUUAACGCCCUAAACUAGUUUACUCUUAAAAAAGUUGCAAUUUUGUAGUGUUUCUUUUUGAAAACAUUUUUAUUUAUGCUAUAAUACCAUAAUAUAAGACAAUAUUCAUGUUUUUCAGUAUUUUCUUGGGCUUUAUCUACUUAUAAAACUUAAAUAGUAACGUAUUAUAUAUUUGAUUAACUUUUUUAAUUAAGAAUAAAUUACUAAACAUUUUGACUGGUCGUUAACCAGUUUUGAAUAAAUAUUUUUAAAGUUUAAAAUUUAUAUUGGAGGAAGGGUGAAGUGUAUAAUUAUUUUUAUCUGCCCACAUUACUCAACCGCACUCCACCUACCUUCCUAAAUUUUUGAACUUAAAAUAAUCCUAAGAAUAUUACUUAAAACUGGUUAUCGACCAGUCAAACUUUUCAGUAAAUUAUUCUUAAUUUUAAUAUAUACGUUGCCAUUAAUGUUUUAUAAGUUGACAGAGCUACUAAAAUUUUUUAAUAAUGUUUAAUAUUACCUAUACUAUGACAUAAAUAAAAAUAUUUCUAAAAAGUUAACACUACAACAUUGCAAUUAUUUUGAAAGUGUAGGGCGGUAAAGAAUCACCGGUAUAUUAAAUUAAACUAAUUAUUUACAUGAAUACAAUUACCGCGGUUAGUGAACUUUUGAAUACCCUAUAAUAUGGUUAAAAUACAGAAAUAAUUAUGCUGAAUAUCUACGUACGAAUUUCGCUUUGCCCAAAAGUACAAACAAAUUUAACUAAAACAGAAAAACUUAAGUAAAAACGCGCAGUAAAUCUAACGCUUUUUUUAGAUUCACCGAAUAAUCUUUUUUCAUGUUUUUGUGGAAUUGCCACUGUACUUUUUGAUUAUUGCAUUAAUGAUAAUAAUUAUUAUUAUUAUUACUUAGUAUAUAAUAUUAUAUACUUGUUGUUUCAUUUUGUACUUUUUUAUUUUAAAACAAUUAUUAUAUUUGAAAUAUAUAUAUAUAUUUAUGAGUAUUUAUUAAAUUUCUAUUAUACAAUGUGGUUUUACGUUGUGUAAAAUGAGUAGACAACUAUGUUGUAUUUGUAAUUGGACUAUUAUUAUUAUGGCAAACGAAAUAACUGUAUAAUACAUACUACAAUUAUAUUAUUUUUUAUCAAUCGUUUUGAUCAAAAUAACGGUUACAGUAAUGUAGGUUUUAUAAACCAUGAACUUCUCAAUUUAAUCUGCUUAAUCGUUGGUAAAUCUUUUUUUCUUUUUUUUUCAAUCUUCUCUACUUAUUAAAUCAUUAAUUCGAUAAAUAUUAUAUUAUUCUUUUCCCGUCUUUAUCUUUCUAAAAAAACCUAAUUGUACAAUGUACAUAAGCGGUGUAAGCUACCGUACUAUUAUAAAUUAUAUUGUUUUUUUUCUAUAAAAAUAAAUUUAAAAAAAAAAUCGCUAAAAAAAAAUUAAUUAUAAUUACUAAUAAUAUAGUGUUAAUGUAUCGACGAUUUAUUAUAUUAUUAUACAUAGACAACAUUUUUUUUUCGAUGGUAGUUAUACUAAUAAAUAUUCGUUUUGUUUCUCACGGGACCACAAUAUAUAAUUAUUAUUAAUUAUAAUUAAUAAUUAUACGAAGAUAAUAUUACGUGUUAUUAUUAUUAUUUUUUUUUGGUUUGCCUCCUUUAUAACGUACGAGGCCAUUUAUAUUAUUAUAAUUAUAAUUGUAUUGCCAUCUGUAUGUUUUAAACUGCCAUUGACUAUUUUAUAUUAUUAUGUAUUGAUUUUCAAUUUGUAUCUUAUUAAUUAUUAACGAUCGAUUCUUUUUUGGUUUUUAUCAAGCGAGAUUUUUAUCGUUAAUUUUAAUGUUGUAAUUAAAAAUACUAAAAAAAAACUCAGACACACGGGUCGCCAUUAAUAGUAUUUGUAUACAAUGUACUCGAAAUUAUUGCACAAUCCGGUAAUAUUUGUUUCUUUGAAAUAAUAUCACAAUAUCAGUUAUCUCUCGUUACUAUGACUAUAUUUUAUAUUGCUACAUUUGCACAGCUGUUGUGAUACAACACUCGAACAAUGAUAUUUGAAUAAUAUUUCUCACAUCAGUCGAUAUUGUUUAUUUGUUAUUUUUUUCUACACAGAACAAUAUUAUAAUUACUGGUUGGUGAUAUUUUGAAUACUCUGUAUACAUAUAAAAAAUACAACGGAUUCUUUUAGUUUUUUAGCAAACGGUUUCAAUCGCUAAUUAUUUCAAUAACAAUUAAAAUAACGCAAAUAAUACUACUAAAACACAAUAUUGUGUUGAUGUUUGUAUGAUAUUUUCUUCUCGCAUAUUAUUUUCAAUCGUUUCUGUUAUGUUAUUUUCUGAGUAAUAAUAAUUAUCGUUUAUAUUAUUAUUAUUGUCUCGAAAGAUGCCCAAAAAUACUAAGAAAAUGAAGAACAAUCUGUGAUAAAUAUCUAUUAGUCCUGUAUUAUACAUUAUGAUAAUAUUAAUAUUAAUCUAAUAAAAUAAAAUAUUGUGUAAUUAGUGUUAUGCCUCUUAGACGGUGUAUUUGCAGUUCCGUCGUUAUUUUUUACAUUUUCACCGUCGCGCCAUCACUAUGGCGUUUAUUAAAAUAUAAUAUUAUUACCUAAGUAUGUAUAAUAGAGGACCUAAAGCCAGUAAUAAGUAUUAUUGCUUACUGUACACUCAUUAACAACCAGACUUAAAUCUCUUUCUUUCUCUCUCUCUCUGUCUCUUCUUAUAUAUAAAAAAUAAACAAUUAAGUAUUUGUACAAUUUUUUUUUAUAACGCUUGGUAGUUGAAAUAAAUUAUAUCGUUAUUGGUAAAAAAAAAACACCUAAUAAUUAUUAUUAAUACCCAUUUUUUCCUUCGAUCGCGACAACCGCGUAGAAUAUAAGAAAUAAAUUUUAUGUUAAAAAAACACAAUGCACAUUAUAAUAUACUUGCCCAAUAUACAAUUACUAUGAAAGUAUUAUUGUUGAAACGAGAACAACGUUUAUCGUUAAUAGAGUUGCCUUAUGUUUAAUGACUUGUAAUUUAGUCGAUACAGUCAUAUAAACUAUUUGUUUCUUUUUACCAGAAUCAACGGCUAAGAUAGUGACUUAAGUAAGAAUAAAAAAUAAUAGUAUUAUUAUCAUUAAAAUAAAAUCGUGUGAAAACGGAGGCGGAACGGGUAUAAUAUUACUAUUUUUUUCCAAUGUGAUUCAUUAUAUUAUAAUUCAUUACUAUUAUACUAUAAUUAUUACUAUUAUUGUUUUAGAUUUUUUCUUUUAGACGGUAAUAUUAUAAUUAACACAUUUCCUUUUCGUUCAGUUUUUAG